CAACAAUCAUUUCUCGCGGCGUCAACAGUCCGUCCCUCGCCUUUGUUUUUAUUGUCGGUCGGCGAUUGAAGCUCGAUCAUUGAAAGGGCCCUCUAUAAAGCAUAUUCUCGUUCAGUGAUCUUCUUGAUCCGGUUCUCCCACUUUCGGCAGUCAGUGCUUCUACCCAAGGUACUACUUUGUACACCAGUUGAGCUGGGCAGGAACAGCCAGUGUAGCUCCAGGUCCUUCCCACUCUGGGUGAACUACACAAUCCAGCAGCUGUGAUGAUUGGCUGAAUCACAGCUGUGUGGAGCUCCCGGCCGUCUUGCUGGCCGACAUUGGGCAUCAUCGGCGUCAGUUCCUUCGCAUGAUCUUUGAACUUUGCUUUCUUUUCUUCCUUUGGCUUUCGAUUUCAAGUUCCUCCUGGAGUGAUAUUUCAGCUCCUCAGUUUACCCAAAAGAUGGCAUCAACAGAAUCAGUCAACUUGGUCACGUUGGACAAUCUCGACGAGGUAUGGCCUCGCUGGGACCCCGCCGACUCGAACCACCUCUAUGCCUUGGUUGAUAUGGGCAGUAAUGGCAUCCGGUUCUCCAUUUCCGACCUCUCCCCGCCACAGACUCGCCUGCUCAGGUGUCUUUACCAGGAGCGAGCCGCCAUCUCCCUCUUCGAUGCCCUGAGCGAGUCUUCAUCUGGUGGCCCCCCGCUUUUCCCCGACAAAACCAUCGCCCUUGUGGCCGAGACACUGGCCCGGUUCCAUGCCAUUGCUGUCAACGACUACGGCGUACCCCCCGACCAUGUCACCGUCUUUGCUACAGAGGCCAUGCGGAAAGCGGGCAACGCUGCUGUCAUGCUACAGACCAUCGAGGCCAAGGUCCCUGGACUUGCUAUCAAGAUUCUGCACCCCCAAGUUGAGACCUUGUUCGGCUCACUGGGAGCCAGAUCGGCCUUUUCUCGUCCCAAGGGUCUCUUCCUUGACCUUGGCGGUGGCAGUGUCCAGAUGUCUUAUCUGGACACCACCGGUCAAGAUGCCGACUAUCACAUCCACGCAGCACAGGUCGGCAAGAGUUUGCCUUUUGGUGCUGCUCGCUUGAUCAAAAUCCUUCAACACGACGAUGUUGGCUUCAAGACCAACGAGGUUUCGAAGCUCAACCAAGGUAUGAAGCUGGCUUUUGCUAGGCUUUGCGAGACCUUCCCUGCCCUUGCGGACGAAGCCAAGGGCACACAAGGCAUCGAUAUUUAUCUCUGCGGAGGAGGGUUCCGAGGCUACGGCAGCAUGCUGAUGCACAACGAUCCAAUCUCCCCGUAUCCCAUACCAGCAAUAGGCUCCUACAAAGUCACGGGCGAAUUCUUUGCCAAGACCAGUCAUAUGCUCGAAGUGAACACCAAUUUCAAGAAGAAGAUCGUUGGAAUGUCCAAGCGCCGCCGAGCCCAGUUUCCUGCCAUCGUCACGGUCGUUGAGGCUCUCAUCUCGGCCGUUCCACACAUACGAUCGGUCACGUUUUGUGCCGGAGGAAACAGAGAGGGUGCGCUCAUGAUCAGGCUGCCCCAGGAGAUUCGCGAGAGCGAUCCGUUGGAUUGUCUCCAAGCCGAGGCAUCACUCCAAAGUAUCGUUGAUAUGCUGUCAUCGGCGCUUCCAGCUGACUACAGCAGCCCAAAAACGGUAUUUGGUCUUGGUCUUGGCCGCCUGUUCGUGAGCAAGAUUUGGUCUGACAUCGGCGUUGAUGCCCUUGAUCAUGCCUCUGCCGCAUUGCACAGCGCCAUCACGGAGCAUCCGGAUUGUCCUGGUCUAUCGCACGCGGCCCGGGCUGUAAUGGCUCUGACACUUUGUGCGAGAUGGGGCGGUAGCGUCACUCCGGCGGAUGAACAGCUGUUGAACAACUUGCGGGCAUUGGCCGACACUGUCAACCCUGACGCUGUGUUCUGGGCGGGCUACAUUGGAGCUGUAGCUGCCACACUUGCGAAACUGGCACCAACGGUCCAGGAUGCUCAUCAAUUUGGAGACAAGGUUCAGUUUAAAUCGACCGUGGAACAGUCCGAUGAUAACAAAGGGUUUCAAGUUCGCCUCAACCUCCAGGUUGUCGAAACAGCUCUUCGCGGCAUUGACACCGGAGACCUGAUAUCCCAUUUCGAACAAUUCGGCACGCAGAGAGAGCAAGAUGCCAGCAAAAAGGUCAUUGUGGACAUAAGCACGCUUCCUUGAUGUGGCAAGUUGUUAUGAUGCUGUCGACAGUGAUUAUUCUAUCUCUACGUCCAUGGACAUUAUGUCAAUAUGCCAUUACGAUAUUGUUCUACUUCUAAAUCAAGACGCGUCCCCCAAGCUUUCCGAAAGGCUUGUCUAACUUGACCGUUAUCGAAUGCAUCUGCACUGUCGAACGCCUUUUCCACGGUUCUGAGCACUUCUGCCGUACGGAAGAGCCUCGAGUAUAUCGUGACCAUGCUCUGGAAGAGUUCAUUAGUCUCCUCAUGGAAUGCUAUGGCCAGUCAAAUUAGCAUUUUAGUAGGGAGGAUACUGGAUGCGGUAGACUCACCAGUGCCAGGCGGCGUCAGGUUGAGCACGCUACGGUAUGUCAACAUCAUCUGCCACAGAGCAGUCCAGACAGCAAUAACAGGUGCUGAACCCAUAGUGGACUCGAGGUCAGGUGUGAUCUUGGUCUCCUGGGAGGUUGAGAACGCCUUGAGCUGCUCCAGUAUCUGCCCUUCGAUUGGCCCUAUCACCUUCCCAGCACGCUGGCGCAAGAAAACCGACACUGGUUCAGGGUCGAAACCGAAUGGUACUCCGCUUACAGAGAAUCGCCUAGCAGUCCAGAUCCUUGCCAUACACGCCACAUACUGCGCGUUGUCCAUCAGUUUGUGGAACUUGCCAGGCCUGGUCUGAUCAGAGCCUGUGAAGAUCGCGUUAGUCGACAUGUUGCAAGAAAAUCAAGGCUUUGAGGCUUACUCUUGACGUUCGCAACAUAACGUUGAUGAAACAUCUGCUCAUAGAGCAAGAGGAACUUCUCAAGACAAUUCGGGAAUUUUUCCUCGGUGUCGGCAUGGGCCUCCACAUCACGUUUGCCCCAGUCAUGAAGAUCCUUAUCACUGGGACCCUCACCAGGGGCAAUGCCUACCAUAUGAUAGGAGCGAAGGUCUGGCCCCGGUUCGAUGAACUCGCAACCGUGAACCAACAGUAUUGCCUUGCCGGCGUUGGUGCAGUGGGAGAUGAGGAGCGCAGUACGCCUUGCAUUGCCCCAGGCCUGUUUGCGUGUCGGUUGACGCAAAACCUGGUUUGACAGUGGCCAAUCUUCGACAAGGUUAGCUACUUUCCACCUGGUACGAUGUCUUUUGGGCUACCUACCAGCCUUCGUCCUGAUCAUGGUCAAAAUUGCCCGGUUGCACACAGUAAAAGGGCUCCCGACCUUUUUACUGAACUUUUCGCAGCGCGGACAAGGACCGUCAGGCUUACACUUUUAUCCUUGUCAGCGAAUCCGUCAAAAAUGACAUAUUUCGAAUUGAGUUGUCUUACCCUGGUCUUCUGAAUUUUGCAAGAGAGGCACGCUCUGUUUUCCCGGGUACGCGCUGUCUCUUCAGGAUUUGAGAGAAUGCGCUCGCGCUUAGCAGUCUGCUUGCCAAGUCGGCUUCGAGAAGAGGCCUGCGUUUCAUCUACAUCAUGACUGUCGGGUUCGGAUAAAUGGAUAUCGAUGUCUUCAGACGUUGGAUAUCGUUUAGGGUCGAGAUUUUCGCCGCGCGUCGGCUGAUUGAGAAAUGGGAUAGCAAGGGGGCUGGAGGUAGCGACAAUGACAGUGCCUUCCGUCGUCUCGGAUUCAUGAUCCAAGGCCAUCCUAGUAUCCUGGUCUUGUGUUGCGGACAGAGCCGAACGAACCAAGGAGUCCCCUUCGAUGGAGGUCUCGGUCGUGACGGUAACCUCAUCUUGUUUACUCCACAGGUCCCAGUCAAAGAACUCGUCGGUAACAUCUCUGGUACCGGAAGAACUUUGGUCGAGGCCAAAGAGAUACUCGGCAGCAUUCGGUCUUCCUAAGGGAUAUUGGUUGAAAUCCUCGGUGACUUGUCCGACCUCUGGGUAGGACGGCUGGCGGUUAAGGUACUCUCCAGGAUGACAGGGACCUGGACAAUCAUCUCUCUGGAAGUCGGCACUUCCAUUGAAGACACGGCGGUGGAAAGGAUGGUUCGCCAUAGUCAUACCUCCCUUAUGGGCUCGGGCAGUUCUGCAGUGUUUGGGGAUGUGCCGUUAACUGUAGGUUGGUGCAAUAGGAGCCGGCAAGGCCGCGAUGCGGAGGCAACUAGGAGGUACAACAAAGCAAUCAGAAGAUCAGGGCGUUUCGGUGUGACAGAAUCGAACAUGCGGUAUCGGGGUAAUUGCAGGCUAUUACUGUAUCCUGCUCGGGAUGGUGGAAACUAAGAGGAGAAGAGCGCGGGGGUCAAGUUGGGAUGUCCUACGAGAGACUGUGCCUUAAAAGUAGCGCUGCCAUCCGCUCGUCGAAGCUCAUGUGGAAAAGGAGGCUCUUUCUCAGAGUCCUUCUCACAAGCCCUCUGCGAAAGCAGGAUGGAAGUCGGAAUGGCUAUGCCACAGGCCAUACUUGGUCCGUCUCCUGUCUCGGUCUGCCGUCUACUUUCCCAUUGGUCAAUACUGUUUACUUUCGGGUUGCACCCUUCCAAUGAGUCGCUUGUCUCGACCGAGAAUUGCGGUAGGUGCCGUCAGGAGGUUGGGGGGGUGGAGGGGUUGUGAUCACUCGUCAUCUCUUCCACCUUGGCCGCAGGUCUAGCUUACAAUCACAGGACAAACACGAAGAGACAUGAAGAGUAUGAGGCUUCAAUCUCAUCCAACGCAAUACACGACUUGCUGCAGACGAAA